CGGCAGUUGAUGCUCGCGCGUCGAAAGGAAGACACCUCAUCGCUAUUCUCGUACUAAACGCGCAGUGCUGUGAUAAACAUUACGAGUGAAUCUGAUAAUAGUUCCCCAGUUUUACAAGCCGGGUGAUUUUAUCGGGGAUACAUAUCGGAUGAUAAGCUAGACACCGCGAUAGUACAAGUCAAUAUGAAAUUUCCGGCUGGGCUACAGUUGCUGACAUGCCUGAUGGUGUACGCGUCCAGCGCACACGCAAUCAUGGUGAAGUUCGGCACUAGUGGGGGUCCCAUAGUACCACCGGCGCCAACGCCGACGGUGCCACCGCAGCAGCCGUUCCGCGUUCCAGCGCCGGUCUGGGAAGAACGAUCUAAUGACUCUCCCGACCCUAAUGCGCAAUGGCGGCCCCAACUCUUCAUACCGCAGCCGAGAUAUACCCACGUGGUCUUCAAUCCUCAAGAGGUCUCGUCACCAGUUCCACAAAGCAACGUGCAACGUUUCGUCAACUCAUACUUGCCCAGGCCAUCCGUCCCACAGCCAAUACAAGCCCAACCAGUGAGGGAAUACUUCACUCCAACACAAGUCCUUAGCUCCCAAUCCCUCCCUGGAUUCGGCUUAAGAUACUUCCUCCCUUUCUACGCGAAAGACGCGCCGCAAGUGCAACAGAGACAGGAAGAUGCUCAGUACAACCAUAUUGAAUCUAAGACUGUUGAUGGAACAAACAGGGACGUGCAAAGCGACUUGCAGUGGAAGUAUGAGAAGGACGCGUCAAACAGAGUCGCUAGGAGUACGGCAGAAAGCACGGGAGUCCCGAGUCAGUCGUGGUCAAUCUACGUGCCCUCUAGACAUCACUAAAAUCAUUUCUACUAACAUUUUACCGGCAAAUAAACAUUGGUUUAAAAAGUUUCAAAAAGUAUUCGGAAUUCGGACUAAGUUUACGACAAAUUAUAUUAAAUUUUUUAUCCUUUUUUUGAUUAUGAAUAUACACCAAGAUAAGUUCUAAGUAAAUUUAGUAAUUUAGGUUAACCAAAAUUUUAAACCAUUGUUUGAUAAAGGGUAAUAUGUUUGAUAAGAAAUGAAUCGUAACAUAACUCCUGUAGUUACGUUUAAAUGUGAUGUCUUUAGUCUUAGUGUCCUAGCGUAAGAAUAAUGUGCCAGAACAUAAAAUAUUUUACAACUAUGCUCUUGAAUUUAAUCUCUAGAGUUGGCAAAACGGACUGACAUUUAGAGAAUGAAGUAAUAAUAUCUGAGAUAUAAUAGUUAUUCUCAAUCGUCAGGUACACUGUUACCUGUAGGUACCCAAUCAUAUCUUCGUUCCUUUCAACAGUUUUGUUAUUAAUAAUUGAAAACUAUGAUGAAAAAUUCAUAUUUGUUAAUAACAGAUGCCUGUUUAUUGAUCAGCAACAAAACAUGGUAAUAAUAAAAAAAUCUUUGUAUUUCGACUUUGCAAUAGAUAAAUACUCGUCUUAGCCGUGCUGGCUGUUACAUUUAUCUAUUAAAGAUGACCAAUAGCCGUGAUGGAUAUAUGAUAAAUUAAGUCUUAUGUGAAGAUAAAGUAAAAUGUUUUGUCUGAAAUGAUUUACCAUGAAUAACUGUAUUUGUCUGACUUUGUUAUCGUGCUUAAGAAAAGAUUGUAUAACUGAUGACUUUUGUUAAAUUAUCUUAAAUUUUCUUGCCAAAUCGUUGCGUCUCUAUAAUAUAUAUUGCUAGUACAAAAUAUAGCCUUAACAAUAGCUACUGAUGAUGUGUAAUAAUAGUAAUUGAUAUGAUGUCAAGUCAAAUUCAUACUCUUUGUGCUGACGUCAAAUAAAUUAUUUCAUUAAAAUUGUCAUACAUUUACAAGAAAAAUCUCGUUUUAAAAAUGGUCAAAAUCAUUAAAAAAAAUAAUUCGACUUCAUUAUUUUUUUAUAUUGACUAAAACUUUGUU